AACUUAUCCUCAGUAGUAGAGGUGAUUCUUGAUCUUCCUUUCAUGGGGCGACAUACAUGUGAGUCACUUUCGUCGUAGUUCUCUACAACAUUAGGCACACAAUCUUAAAAUUGUGAAAUUUUUUGAACGUCAUUUGGUCAUGAGUCGCUCGUGGUGACGUAACCUCCUUAUGGUAGGGCUUCCAGUCUGCUGAGAUUCCGGCUUAGUAGCACAAAACUACCUUAGCAUGCGUUACAUUAUCAGUUUACCUGGCCAAUACGCAAACGUGUAAUUUAAAGUAGUUAUCAAUGGGCAGUCAGAGUAAUGAAACGGAGAGUGUCUUGAACCAGAGUUAUCUGUGGUUGAACUGUAAAACUUCGUAGCUUUCCUGAGUCGGGUUUAACAGAAGUCAAGUGGCUAAAGCUAACGCGACGCUAUGCAAUCAUACUUGGCUAACUGUGUCCAGUAACGGAGGUUUAAGUAUCACGCUGCUUGCUGAGCAUUAACAUGAAGGUGGUGAACUAGAGGCACUGCCAAACAUUGUGUGUACAACACAUGUCAAAGACUGUAUCUUUAGUUUGGAGCUCAUUUGUUUUGGAGGGCAAGAUAAUGUUUGCUAGCGGCUGCAGGCGGUGUUAGCUUUAGCAAAACAAGAGCGCUGCUUUGGGAGUCAGCUGACAGCCUGCUGUGAGCUGCCAACAGACCAGGGAUGGAUCAACUGAAAGUGAAGGAUCGCAUUUUGGAAAACAUCUCCCUUUCUGUCAAAAAGUUACAGAGUUACUUUGCAGCCUGCGAGGAUGAAACCCCAGCUAUCCGAAAUCAUGACCGGGUCCUACAACGUCUCUGUGAACACCUUGACCAUGCUCUGCUGUAUGGGCUGCAGGACAUCUCCUCAGGCUACUGGGUCCUGGUCCUUCACUUCACCAGGAGAGAGGCUGUCCGUCAGAUAGAUGACCUUCAGCACAUAGCAACCAACCUUGGUCGAAGCCGCGCAUGGUUAUACCUGGCAUUAAGUGAGAGCUCUUUAGAGAGCUAUCUGCGCCUUUUCCAAGAGAACCAAGGAUUGCUCCAAAAGUAUUAUUUCAAGAACGCACUGGUCUGCAGUCACGACCACCUCACACUAUUUCUCACAUUGGUGUCCGGCCUGGAGUUCAUUCGCUUCGAUCUGGAGCUGGAUGUGCCCUAUCUAGACGUGGCCCCCUACAUGCCAGAAUACUACAAACCCCAUAACCUGCUCGACUUUGAGGAAAGGCUGCCCAGUUCAGACAGCCUGUCCCUGCACUCCUUCACCUCCCUCACCUCCACCAACCUGGAGUGGGAUGACAGUGCCAUAGCUCCCUCCAGUGAAGAUUAUGAUUUUGGUGACAUCUUCCCCGUGUUGCAGUCAUUGCCAAGUGCAGACUGGGAAGAGGGUGAACUGACUGACCAGGCCAGCUGCCCACGGUCCAGUGGUUCUGAUCCUCAGACAGUCAUCAGCGACACAGUGGUCCUCUCUGGCACUGUAAAAGGGAAGGUAGCAGUUCGACUUUCUCCACACAGCCCCACAUCCAGACACAACCCCUUCAACGAGGACUCUGACACAAACACCUCUGCUGAUGUCACACCAGUUCAUGUGGCCAACCGCUUCAACACCUCCACCGCUGGAGAUGCCACAGAGGUCAACAGUGAGCUUGAGGUCAUUAGGAUGGCCAGACGAAGGAAACCAGCUAAGAAGCGACGUGGGAAGGGCUCCACAGAUUCCUGCAGCAGCAUCCAUAACUCCGUCUCCCCUGAGCACAUGGAAACAGACUAUAGCAUUCUCGCCUCAGAGGACAUUGAUUCAAUAAAUUGCACCGUGAUGCCGGCGGAUAGUGAGGGAGAGUUGAGGCGAAGCAGGGUUGGGUCAGAGGUUGCGAAGGAGGGAUGUGAGGAUGGAGUUGAAGGCCUUCUACGGCUCCCAGAGAUGACGGACACCUCUAUGGACAGUGUGGGCCAACCUCUCCGUGACGUCAUGGACCAGCUCAACGGGGCUCUGGACGGAGAGGUGACCUGGAAGCACCCAGAGGAGGAAGAGAAAUGCAAUGAACGCCGCGAUCAAAGCCCCGAGCCUCCCGCACAGCAGCCCUUUCGAGAGGAUUCAGAGGGCAAACCACCUGACCCGACCCCAGGAGAGAUGCCUGGCUCCCCUUUGGCCAAAAUCUCCAACUGCCUGCAGGCCGCUCCUGUGCCUGCAGACUUAUGCUGCUUUACCCCCAACAGUCCAGACUCUGCUCCCACGGGUGGUUGCCACUAUGACUCUACAGAGUAUAGCCAGUCACAGACUCUUUCAGGUGGCCUUGAAGAUGAAGGAGAGGCAAAAACACCAGAAGGACAGGAGCCCGAGCUGAUGAAUAAGGAGGAAACGCACAAAAUUCCAUUUAUGGCUGAGGAAGCAGAACAACUACAAGAUGAAAAGCUCAGUCCCUCUGAAAGUUCUCAUCCUGCAGAGUUUAAGGUGGACAACAACCACUUGCUUCUUCUUAUGAUUCAUGUAUUCAGAGAGAAUGAGGAGCAGCUCUUUAAGAUGGUGAGGAUGAGUACAGGUCAUAUGGAAGGGGACCUGCAGCCCCUUUAUCUGCUGCUGACUGACUGUUACAUCUACCUGCUUAGAAAGGGUGCAGCAGAGAAGCCCUACACAGUAGAAGAUGCUGUUUCUUACAAUGAGCUGGACUAUCUUUCAGUGGGCCUUGACCAUCAGACAAUAACGGUGGUUUGCACCAACAGACGAAGAAAAUUCCUGUUGGACACAGCUGAUGCAUCACUGACUUUCUGGUUCCUGUCUGUUCUCAAGUCAGCCAUGGUGAAAGGUUGUCGUGAGCCUCCCUAUCCAUCCAUUCUGACUGAUGCCACCAUGGAAAAACUGGCUCUCACUAAGUUUGUCUCCCAGGAGUCACACUGUGAGGUGUCUGACGUGUCUGUUCAGCUCUAUUCAUUGGUUCACUGGGAGGAUCCUAUGGACAUGAGUUUGUCUCCCCAAGGCGGCCCACCAAACUCUGGAGUACUUUCCAGCACAAAAGAAGGGAUUCUGCAGUACAAGGCAGGAACCACAUACCUGGGUAAAGAGCUAUGGAAGAGCGGUUACCUCGUUCUCAGUAAGGGGAUUCUGUAUCUGUAUGCAGAAAGAACAGAUGUGACACCACUGCUGUCAGUCACCAUGGGAGGAGAGCACUGUGGGGGCUGCCGUCGCUCAAACAGCACAGAGCGUCAACAUGCCUUCCAAGUCAUCCUGACAGAGCGCCCUCCGCUGGUACUCAGCGCCAACAAUGAACAGGACAUGGCUGACUGGAUGCAGCUGCUCUGCCAGUCUGUCUCCAAAGGGGUAGUCCCUCAGGGUGUGGCCCCAACCCCAUGUAUACCAUGUUGCCUGGUGGUGACCGACAAGAAACUGCUGACUUGCCACCAGGACUGUCAGACAAGCUUCUUCCGUUCUCUAGGCAGCGCUGAUAUAUGUGAUGUCACCACUGUCAAUCUGGAGGCUGACAAGGAGUACUGUGUUAUUGAGUUUGCGGCAGAUCGGGCCCAGUUCCUCCCUCCGUGGGUCUUGUACUUCAGUGGAUGUGACGAGAGAGAUCGACUACUGCAGACAUUAGACAGUGCAUGGAGAACCAUUUUCCAGGUUGACCUUCCCCACAGAGACGUGUCUGAUCUGAUGGUGCAGAAGCGCUGUGGUGAGGCCCUCGAACUGAUGAAGAGUGCCUGGCAGAGAGCAGACAGUCUGGCUCGAGGCAGAGCUCAGCGUGAACCCUGGUGCUGACGGACACACACAGCACACAUACAUUCAUCUUUGUGUAGCUGCUGAGACAGAGCCUGAUAUAGUUGUGGGACAGUGUCAGAAGGAAUUGUGGAUGUGACAGUUUGUGCUACUCCUGAAAGUUCUAAGCUGAAAGAGAUAAACCAAUCGGAUGUACUGUGGCUUGCGAUGAACCUUUGAUUCCCAAAUGUUUCUAUCAGAGCAACGUCCUGCUAAAGUCACAUCACAAUGAUGCAACAGUGAGACAUUGCCACUGAAGUAAAAUUAAAUUAAAUGAACGAACUUCCAGCAGAGUGACAAUAUAUUUUAUUUGAUCUAAGCAGGACAUCAUCAUAAUUCCAUUUUUAGAGAUUCUUUGGAAAUAGCAGCAAUGUAGAAAGAAUGUGCACAGAUACUUUAGAUGUUCCUUGAUCUUAACCCUUGAUAAUUGCAAUGUAGACGAAUAUGACUGAAAAUGAUACAACUAAAUUAUUUAGUACAUUGAGGAAGCUGAAUGGGGAGGAGGAGAAGAGAUGAAUCAGUUACCAGGAGCGCCUCCGCACAGGGAAAAUAUAAACACACACACACACAAAGCUAUAUGCAAAGUAUUCAAAGGGGAAUUGUUAUUAAUGUAGAGAAGUUCACAUGCUCUUUGCUCGCACAACUUUGUAAAGAUAGAAGUCACUCUUUGCUUACUAACAGUUCCAAAAUGUUCUACUGAACCUUAACUGUGGUGUCAUAGAAGUGCAAAAGUACAUCACUGUACAAUAUUAUUGCACAAUCACUGAAGGUUGUGUGUGCGUCUGAUUUUUCCGUUUUGGUUUGUCUGAGGGCACAUACCUCUACACUGAAUUAUUCUCACGUACACAUUGUACAUUAGCUUGAGAGGAUGACGAUCUGAAAUAUAUCUGGAUAUUUAACACUUGCACUGUUACGUAACAUGCUCAUGCCUGUAAUGUCUAUCUGAGAUCUUGCUAUAUCAAGUUCCAAGUUGUCACUGACAUAAAACUUCUAUCAGGAAAUGCAACAUACUUGCCUUUUUCCCCACUUUGUAGAGAUGAGUGGAUUUUUCCAUGCAGACUUGCACAUUGUUUCUGCUAUUAACCUUUUUUUCUUUUUUGUGGUACCAUUUGUGACUGUGUGUUAACACGUACUGUUUAAUUUUAUUUUUAGAGAAGGGUGAAACAGUUACUAAAUUAUUCACUUGAGUGGUGACUUUGUCUUGGUACUGACUGUAUAUGCAGGCCUGUAUUUCCCCUAUAAUAUGGGUGAGUUUUCAAUUAAGGAAUAGGUUCAGUGUGAAGAAUCAUUCACUGGCUGAGCUACAAGUUGUCUUGGCUUCUCAUUUUUAUUUUGCACCAGUGGUUGGUGGCAUCAUAAAGAUGACAGUAAGAUCUGCCCACACUAGACUUAAACAUCCCUUUCUGCACUAGUCAUCAUAAGGUGGUAUAGGACCAUGCUUGAGGCUUAUAAAAUCCCUAUAAAAUCUUUCAGAAUUCAACUAAUAGGCUGUAAUAUCAUCCAAUAUUAAAGCCUUUUUAAUUUCUAUGACUACGUUUUUCUUGUUUGUGGAUAGUAAUGCAUGUGCUGCAGUCUGUCCAGAACAUUAACCCUGAUUAGAAUACUGCUGCCUGUGCUAGUGGCAGAGUGUAACUACUCUCAUUGCAAAACUAAGAAAGGUGUGUUGUUUUUUUCUUUGCGAUGACAAUGUUGCCUUGUUGAGCUAAAAUUGCCAAUUCAUUUAAAAGAAAUGAAAGACUAUUUUUGCUUUUAGUAGAUGCCUUACACUGGACAAUUUGGCUGACUGUUUGGGAACUAAGUUUUUGGUUCUGGCUUUCUUGUAAGAGACAAGUCAAAGUGUGUGCUGUCGGUAGGCCUGGGUAUGGAACCAUAGUUCAGAGCCAGUGGGCUCCCUAUCAGCACUGCAUAUUAAGCAAAGAAUGAGUUAAGUACUAUUUUGGUGUUAUUUACCAAAGCUUUAGUGAUGAAUACGCACCAGUAUCAAAAACCCAGCCAUAUACAUACAGUACAUCACUUAUGUAUGUUUGCGCAAAUGUUUGUUCUUUACAGUCACACUAUGUUCGUCUCGUCAGCAUUAAUCAGUGCUUUAAGCCUUGCUAAGUGCCACUCCGUCUCCAUCAUGUUCUGCUGUUUAACAAAGAAAUCUAAUCUCAGGUGAAAAAGGUACUUCACAUCCAAAACCUUAAGACUCACUGGGUCUGUUUUUUUAUAGCUCUUGUUUUGUCUAAUACAGUAUUUUUCUCACUUUUAUUUUUUUUGGUUCCUCGGUUAUUCAGUGCAGCAUGAUGGAGUUCUUUUGCACACACCGAGAAGGCUGCAAAUUGAUAUCAAGUGUCUGUGGAAAAGUGGAGAAGGUCUAAUGAAUGAAUAAUUUAGUGGGUUCCAAAAUAGGAUGGGCUGGCAUUGGAGUUGAAAUCCUCUCCCAUCAGUGGGUUACUUAUGGACUUUUUGACCUGGGAUGGUACUGCUGCAAUAGUUGGACUUACUUGAAAUGUUUGUUGGGUUAUCAAUAAAAAAAAAAAAAGUGCUGCACUUAGAGUUGUGCCCUGUGAAGUGUAUAUAAAGAGAAAGUCAAAGUUGGUCUUUUUGAGAAGUGUUUUGCAUGAUGGACAUUGCUGGCCAAUGAUGGAUGACAUCUUUUACAUGAUGCAUUGUCAAAGAAGCGCUUUUUGAUUUUGUUCAUAAAUGUUUACUGCAUGUAAUAUUUGUAUUAUGUUUAGCAAGUUUAAUGAAUUGUAUAUAAAGCACUAAUCAAGAAUAACAGUCUCAAAACUCCCACAUAAAGACAUGCAUGUCCAGAAGGUUUUAUACUGGUCAUAACGGUAAGAGAUAUACAAUUGUGACUCGGACAGUGUAACUGAAUAAACUGAAAUGAAACUUUGA